GAUCUCGUUCGCGCGUCUCGCGAGCAUUAGGUGACUGGCUGAGGCGACGCCAGUUGGCCGGGCACGGGGUUGCUGUGAGGCCGAGGUUGCAGCGGAAGCAGAGAACAUGUUCCGACCUGCGGCUCCGGGGCAGCUCCGACGGGCGGCCUCAUUGCUACGAUUUCAGAGUACCCUGGUAAUAGCUGAGCAUGCAAAUGAUUCCCUAGCACCUAUUACUUUAAAUACUAUUACUGCAGCCACACGCCUUGGAGGUGAAGUGUCCUGCUUAGUAGCUGGAACCAAAUGUGACAAGGUGGCACAAGAUCUCUGUAAAGUAGCAGGCAUAGCAAAAGUUCUGGUGGCUCAGCAUGAUGCGUACAGAGGCCUACUUGCAGAGGAACUGACACCAUUGAUUUUGGCAACUCAGAAGCAGUUCAAUUACACACACAUCUGUGCUGGAGCAUCUGCCUUUGGAAAGAACCUUUUGCCCAGAGUAGCAGCCAAACUUGAGGUUGCCCCAAUUUCUGACAUCAUUGCAAUCAAGUCACCUGACACAUUUGUGAGAACUAUUUAUGCAGGAAAUGCUCUAUGUACAGUGAAGUGUGAUGAGAAAGUGAAAGUGUUUUCUGUCCGUGGAACAUCUUUUGAAGCUGCAGCAACAAGUGGCGGUACUGCCAGUUCAGAAAAGGCAUCAAGUACUUCACCAGUGGAAAUAUCAGAGUGGCUUGACCAGAAAUUAACAAAAAGUGAUCGACCAGAGCUAACAGGUGCCAAAGUGGUGGUAUCUGGUGGUCGAGGCUUGAAGAGUGGCGAGAACUUUAAGUUGUUGUAUGACUUAGCAGAUCAACUACAUGCUGCAGUUGGUGCUUCCCGUGCUGCUGUUGAUGCUGGCUUUGUUCCCAAUGACAUGCAAGUUGGACAGACAGGAAAAAUAGUAGCACCGGAACUUUAUAUUGCUGUUGGAAUAUCUGGAGCCAUCCAACAUUUAGCUGGGAUGAAAGACAGCAAGACAAUUGUGGCUAUUAAUAAAGACCCAGAAGCUCCAAUUUUCCAAGUGGCAGAUUAUGGAAUAGUUGCAGAUUUAUUUAAGCUCCCUCAGACAGCUCUCCCCUGUAAGCAGUUACAGAGCAGCUCUACACUGGAGGCUCCAGUUGCAGCCACUGUACUGCCACGACUAAGGGUAGUUCCUGAAAUGACUGAGAUAUUGAAGAAAAAAUGAAUCAGGAUCAUGCCUUAAAAAGAAAAAUUAUGUUAAAGUAUUCCACUGAAAUCACAGAUAUUUGUGGGUACUAUAACAGUCAUUGGAAAGCAUGGAGAGCUACAUUUCAUAAUUUGAGGAAAAUUUUCUAACAGACGCCAGAAUGCUUGUUUAUGGGAUUACUAUGUUUCCUUUGAAUUAUUUGUGGUUCCAAGCAGUUAUUUUUUGAAAUUUUUAAAUUCUGUAAUAAAAUCUAUAAUAAAACUUUUCCACAGCUUUAAAACUA